UUAUUAUAUAUUAUUAUUAGUAGUAAUUCAAGAAGAACUACCACUUUGGAUCAAGACACAAAGAGGGAGAUUAGUAUAAUAGUGAAUAAUAUAUAGUCUACUCUCUUUCUUUCUUUUUUUUUUUUAUGAAGAAUAUAUAGUCUACUCUUCUUCUUGGGUGGUGGUAUCUAACUAUCUAUUAUCUUUCUCUCUCUCUCUCUUUGUGGAAGAUGAAAGGCCCAAAGCAAAGCAACAGAUUAGAAAUGCAAGUGGUGUGGGGAAUUAGAACACUGGAAUUUGUGAAAAGGGGGAUUCAUGAACCAGAAGAAGAGAAUUUUCAAUUUUGAGGGCAGAGGAAGAAGAAAACCACCUUCUUAAUCCCUCUACUAAUCCUAAAACUAUACUUGUAUACUCACACUACUAAUGUCCUUCCUUUCCUUCACACACAUAUUCCUUGAGUCAACUCCAAGCCUCCUUUCCUCUCUUUUCCCUUCAUUAUUGUCUUUUUUUUUCCCCCUUCUUUUUAAUCCCUCCCCUUAAUUACUCUUUCUCACAUUUCUUUUCCUCUGGCUACCUUCCUUUUCCCUUCCUCCCUCCCAUGGAGAAGCAGAGACUUGGGUUGCUCUUCAUCUUCGCCAUCGUCAUCUCCCUAGCCGUUCUCUCCUUCGUCUCCUGCGUCAUCGCCGAGAUCAAGAAAGUCAAGGUACUACCAACAUUUCUAAUUGAACCUCGCCUCGUGUCCCUCGAACUCCCGAACCUGAUUCUUCUUUUUGGGUUUUGGCAGAAGAAGGAUGUGAAAUUGCAGGAUGCGAUGUGCUAUCUGCCAGAGAGCCAUGCGUUUGGCUUCGGAAUCGCGGCAAUCGCAUCCCUAGUUAUCGCCCACGCAUUGACCAACUUGUUCAUUUGCGGCAACUUCUUGUCCUCUUUCUGCUCUUCUUCCAGAGAGAAGCCGGUCACCCCUCCUCUGCCUCCUUCCGCUUCUAUUUCUUCUUCAACUUCGUCUUCUUCCUCUGCCUCCAAGAAACCCUCCAUCCCCGCCCUCCUCCUCCUGCUCUUCUCCUGGGCGAGUUUUGGGCUAGCGGUGGUGCUAUUAGGGGGAGCAACGAGCAUGAGCGCAACGCAGCCGUUUGGGAAAGGAUGGCUCGACGGAAAGUGCUACGUCGUGAAAGACGGCAUCUACGCCGGCUCAGGGGUUCUGACGCUGGUUUCAACCGCCGCCGUCCUUGGCUCCGCCGUCGUCACCGUCAGAAAAGCCCAGGCUGAGCAGGGUCGCAGAGUACAUGCCCAAGCUGUCGUCGGCUCGUAAAUCUUUCUUUUUCCAUUAUUUUUUUUUUUUGUCGGAAAGAAAAAUUACAGGCUAGAUACAGAGUGAGAAACAGAAAACAAACUUAUACACAGAUUGAAAGUUACAAAGAUGAAUGAAAAGGAACUGGAAAGGAAUGCUGCAACUUUCGUC